GAUCCAGUGUCAUAAUAAUGAGAUACUAAGUCAUAUGAAUUAGUAUCUCAUAAUUAUGACUUACUAUCUCAUAACUAUGACACAGCAUCUCAUAAUUAUGAGAUUAUUACUUUCUCAUUAUUAUGACUCACUAAAAGGCCAGUGGUGGACAAGGGCUUCCAGACUAUAUCAGCCUUGAACCCAUUUUUUAAGGCUAAAGUAUUUGGAUGUCUAAUUUCUUGUCCAUGUUUCUGAAUCAGACACAGUUUUAACGUCAGAGACCUGUUGGAUUAUGGCAACACAUGAAAUGAAAUUGAGGCUCAUGUUGUUCUUCAUCAUGAUCCUAAAUACUAAUUAAUAACGCUAUUUUUGCAAGCGCUUGACAUUCUGCUCAGCUUGUCUUUCUUGCUGCAGACAGUGGCUACGUUCUGCUGCACAGGCCUGAAAGCUACUCCCUUAUAUUCCUCCCUCUAGUGAAAACAAGCCAAGCCUCAGCAUAAUUUAGGCCUAAACCAUCCAUAUGUGCUGUCUGUCUAAUUACAGCAGGCCAGUGUUUUCCCUCUCACCCAAAGUGGGCCCUCUACAGUCUUUGAAUCGUUUGUUGAUGAUCAGGAUGGGUUUGAAGUGGCACUGAAACUGGCUAUGAAAGUGCAUCAUCAUGUAGAGGCUAGUGGUGCCAGUACUGUAAUGAACUGUGGGAACAGUCAAAGAGAGGCUUCACAGAGUGUUACAUAAACUCUUAAGUGGAGGGCGAAUUCUAAUUAAUUCAAAGAGAAGAAGCUGCCUCGACACUAUCCUAUAGACACGAUCCCCAUAAGCACCUACUGGCCGUAAUAGGGCUUGAGAGACUAAUGUGUUAAUGACAAAGUGAGAAGACGUGGAUUAGUUGUGCUAAUGCUUAGGCGGUGAGAAUGAAAUGGGCAAGGACAGACAUGAAGAAAGAAGAGCUUCCCUCUGAAUGUUUGAAGUUCAAUGCUUGAUGGACAUAAAAUGUCUAUCGUCUUCACUUAAGAACACUUUGCUGAAGAAAUGGACCCAUUUAAGGAUGACCUUACCCAGUAUUUUAAAGACUAUUUUUCCUUCUGCAAGUUCCUAUAUCAGCUACGGAUAACUGUGGAGCAGCAUUGUCUCAGGAUUCUGAACUAGAAUGAAUUCAGCGGCUAAAGCAACAGCUCUACAGUAUUUCAUUACCUCCUAUUUAAUAACUAGUGUUUCUUUUCUUGAUUGUCGUCACUCCGUGCAACUCUAGACCAACACACUUAUCUAUAUGUAUCAAUAUAAGUUUUAUGCAUGGAAAAUAAGAAUUUGCAUGCACUACUGUGAAAAUGUGAAUUAUAGCUUUUAGGGUCAUACCGGUUAUCAGCCCCUCAGAGUUUAAUGACUGGGCUGAUUUAGAUCCUCAUUUAGAGGUUUAUUAUUUGCUCACAUCUGUAGCUAAUGUUACAUCAGAGAAACUGAAGAGUUCUAUGAAAUAUGAAACCAUACUAUUAAAAAAUUGACCAAAUAACAUCUCUUAAGCAACGCAGGAAUCAAGGAACACUGAGCAGGACGGCCAGUUAUCAGCCUUGGUGUUUAAUCACUAGGUGGAAUUUAAUUGAGUCAGGGGUUUGAUCAUUUCCUUUGAGGAAGGCAGCCGAACAGCUCUAAAAAAAAAUGACCCCGCACUAUUCAAACAGAAUUUGAAAUAAAUCCCCUAAAAAGCUACCGCAAAGCAGAAAUCCGGGGGCGCUUGCAGGGCGGCCAGGUGCUGUUACGUAGCACGCUCAGACUCUAUACUUCUUAACGUCCCCACCUGCAUUCUGGCCCUAUCUGCUCCUCUUCUCCCACUCUCGGGAUGAGCCACAAAUCAGACUCGGAGGCGGAGGCCUCGCAGGCGUCCGUUGUCUACACACUAGAGGAGCUGGAGUGCAAGAUCUGCUACAAUCGCUACGACAUGCGCAUGCGCAAGCCCAAGGUACUCAGCUGCCUGCACCGUGUCUGCGCCAAAUGUCUGAAGAAGAUGGUAGAGCUGGACGCAUCGCCCAGCAUCGUCAGCUGCCCUUUCUGCCGCCAUGAGACACACGUGCCUGACGAGGAGAUCUGGCUGCUGCAGGACGACAGCAACAUCCUGGCCAUCCUCACCUACCAGGACCAGGCCAGGAAGAGCGGCUCGGCACCCGCUGGCGAGGUCCUGCUCACCCCUAACAGCCUGAGUGGAGGUGGGAGUGGAGAGCAGGCCCACAGCUCUUCCGACUGCUUAGUCAUCACCAUCAUGGAGGUCCCGGGUGAGUCGCAGUCUUCCGACUCCAUGAGCAUGCUGAACAUGGUACGCAUGUACCGGCCGGCCAGCUUGGACUCACUGCCCUGCCACCUGCCUGUGCAGAAGUGUCGCGCAUGGACGUCACGCACAAUACCCCGCUUCCUCAUGGGCUUCCUCUGCCUGGUGUACUUCAGCUCGCUUCCGCUGGGUAUCUAUCUGUUGAUGAUCCAGCAGCUCACCUUGGGUGUCAUCCUGGUCAGCCUGGUACCCUCCACCCUGGUCCUCUGUGUCUUCUAUGGCUUCUGUCAAUGCCUGUGCCAUGAGAUCAUGGAGGCUAUCGCCACAUAGCCAAUGUAGCUUCCACAUGUUUUAGCUCAUCACUAGACAUUAUGCACUUCACUUAGCAAAACCUGUAAAGAAUAAAGCCAAAAUCACAGAUGUACCUGUUAAACCCCUCGUCUGACCGCUCACCUACUGUUGCACCGGAAUAUACCAGCAUUUAUCAGUGAACUCAACAAUCCCCUUCAGAUUGUAUGCAGGACAGGACACCUUGAGUCAAGCAAGUUAAGACUUGGCAGUUAAGACUUGGCAGGUUGUGUGGAUUGAGCUUAGGCUGCCUCAGCUUGCUGGCAUUUUUGUAUUUGUUAGCUCAGUCAGUGGGCCUUCAACACAACUGUGAUCCUUUUACAUACCACUAAUAAGAGAAUGAGAUUCUAUUGUACCUAACAUGGAAACUAUGGGCUUUGUUCUAUUACAUGAGUCAAAAAUGUGUCCUAUCUAUAUUAAGUUGUUUUAUGAAAAUCUAUUUGUUGUAUAACUUUAAAGCAUAGUCACCAUAUCUUUGUCAAAGUUUCUAGUUGCCUUUGUAAGGCAUGUCAAUUCCCAAGCUGUAUUUUAAUGUUGUAUAUGGAAAAACAAUGUGUUUGUCAUUGCUUUGAGAAUGAACAAAUACCUUCUAACCGCCUAAACUGUUAUUAGAUAUUCAAUAAAGACUCAAAAGACAGCCAGCUGGAUGUCACUUGAUGGGGAAUUGUAAAGGCCUACCAUACUAGCUAAAACUGAAUUCAGCUGAGAGGACCAUUUUUCAGUGUGUUUAAAUAAUGAAAUGUUUCUAUAAACAUCAUUGCAGUAUGUCGUCUGAAUUUUAAAAAACGAUACUGACAAAAGAAUGGACAUAAUCAGAGAAUUCAGUUUGAUAUGUAUUAAAAUACUCGAGAAAGUGA